CCUGGCGCGUUUGAAUGACGUAGGCAAAGCAGCUGGUGGGCUCUGUGGCUGGCGAAAAGGGUUUUGUGACUACCUGGAGAGGAAGAUUUCCCCGUUCUCUUGACCAGGUCCAUCUACCACCAUGGCGCAAUACAAAGGUGCUGCCAGUGAGGCUGGCCGGGCACUCCAGCUGAUGAAGAAGAGAGAGAGGCAGCGUGAGCACAUGGAACAAAUGAGGCAGCGCAUUGCUGAGGAAAACAUCAUGAAGUCAAACAUCGACAAGAAAUUCUCUGCCCAUUACGACGCAGUGGAAGCUGAGCUGAAAUCCAGCACCGUUGGCUUGGUGACACUCAAUGACAUGAAGGCCAAGCAAGAGGCCCUUGUAAAGGAACGGGAGAAGCAGCUGGCAAAGAAGGAGCAGUCCAAGGAGCUGCAGCUGAAGCUGGAGCGGAUGCGGGAACGGGAGCGUAAACAGGAGCAGAAGCGUAAGAUCUCAAGCUUGUCCUUCACCCUGGAAGAGGAGGAGGACGACGACGACAACGAUGAAGAUGAUGGGGAAGAGGAGGAAGACGAGGAAGCAGAGUUGGAGCGGGAAGAACUGCCCCCCAAGAAGAAGAAACUGGGGAAGAACCCCGACGUGGACACCAGCUUCCUGCCUGACCGUGACCGUGAGGAAGAAGAAAACCGCCUGCGGGAAGAGCUUCGCCAGGAGUGGGAGGCCAAGCAGGAGAAAAUCAAGAGUGAAGAAAUUGAAAUCACUUUCAGCUACUGGGAUGGCUCCGGGCACCGCCGAACUGUCAAGAUGAAGAAGGGCAACACCAUUCAGCAGUUUCUACAAAAGGCCCUGGAGAUUUUGCGCAAGGACUUCAGUGAACUCCGGUCAGCUGGUGUGGAGCAGCUUAUGUACAUCAAGGAAGAUCUGAUCAUCCCACACCAUCACAGCUUCUAUGACUUCAUUGUCACCAAGGCUCGAGGGAAAAGCGGGCCGCUCUUCAAUUUUGAUGUACAUGACGACGUUCGGCUUUUGAGCGACGCAACGGUGGAGAAAGAUGAGUCCCAUGCUGGCAAAGUGGUGCUUCGCAGCUGGUAUGAGAAGAACAAGCACAUUUUCCCUGCAAGCCGAUGGGAACCCUACGAUCCGGAGAAGAAAUGGGACAAGUAUACGAUCCGCUGAGCAACUGACGGAGCAGGCGGUGGUGUUUGUGUCGUAUAUGGCUGCGUGCUGCUUUCCCAAGCCUGCUGCAGGAUCUCCUUUUUAGCCAAGUCCUUCCCCCAAAUUCUGCAGCUGCGCUUCAUCCUUCACUGUAUCAACCUUCGGUAAAAUAAAUGCUGCCUUUCCCAAA